AUGGCAGAAGUGGCUUUUCAAGAGGGACUUAAAAGUGGAGAGGAUAGUGAGCUUGGAGACCAAUUCAGGGAGGAUGAACCAUGUAUAAGGGGUCACAUGGAUGAAGCAUACUGCGGCUGGUGGGGAUCCCAUAAAAGCGGUCGAACAAAAACAAAACUUAGAGUGACACCGAUCACCACUGGCACAUGGAAUGUGCACACGCUACUGGACAACAUCACGGCAGACAGACCGGAGAGAAGAACAGCACUUGUCGCCAAAGAGCUCACACGCUACAACAUUGACAUUGCAGCCCUUAGCGAAACUCGCCUUGCUAAAGAAGGACAUUUAUCCGAGUCAGGCGGAGUCUAUAUAUUCUUCUGGAGUGGCCGCAGCAGUGAUGAGCGUCGUGAAUCUGGAGUUGGCUUCGCCAUCAAGAAUCACCUUGUUUGGAAACUUGCCAGUCCCCACAAGGGUGUGAAUGAUCGUCUCAUGACAAUGCAGCUCCCGCUUCAAAAAGGAAAACAAGCUACUUUGAUCAGCGCAUACGCUCCCACAAUGACCAAUCCAGAGAAUGUGAAGGAUAAAUUCUACGAAGAACUAGAAGCUCUGCUAUCAUCAGUGCACGGUACAGACAAGCUGAUCCUGCUUGGCGAUUUUAAUGCAAGAGUCAGAUGAGAUGCUGCAGCCUGGGAAGGAGUCAUCGGGAAAAACAAUGGCCUGUUACUGCUGAAAACUUGUGCAGCACAUGACCUUCUGAUCACCAAUACGGUCUUCCGCCUCCCUACCCGUAACAGGACUUCGUGGAUGCAUCCCCAUUCCAAGCACUGGCAUCUGAUCAACUAUGUCAUCAUCAGGAGAAGGGACAGACAAGAUGUCAGGGUUACAAAAGCUCUGUGUGGCGCUGACUGUUGGAUGGAUCACAGGCUCAUAGUAUUUAAAAUGAAGUUCGUGGAAGACCUAAAGAAUGAGCUUGCUGAUCUUCGUAAUGAGGAUGAUGCUGAGAAAGACUGGGAGCGAUUCCGCAACACUGUCCAUAUAGCUUCAUCGAAGGGAUCCAUUCUACAUGAAUUUAGAGAUGUGUCCAUUGUGCACCUCUAUAAGAGGAAGGGCAAUCGCCAGGUACGCGACAAUCACCGUGGAAUCUCGCUGCUCUCUACAGUGGGGAAAGUUCUUGCACGGGUUCUGUUGAACCGAUUGAUCACUCACCCGGAGCAGGGCUUACUGCCAGAACCACAGUGCGGCUUUGGAAAGGGACGUGGGCCUAUUGACAUGAUCUUCGCUGCGCGUCAGCUACAGGAGAAAUGUCAAGAGCAGAAUCGUGAACUCUACACAACUUUUGUGGACCUCACGAAAGCAUUCGACUCUGUCAGUGGCCAGGGCCUGUGGAGGAUCAUGUCGAAAUUUGGCUGUCCAGACAGAUUCAUACGAAUGGUACGUCAGUUUCAUCACAGUAUGAUGGCUCGUGUCCUGGAUGAUGGUGAAACAUCUGAGGCCUUCCCAGUCACCAACGGCGUUAAGCAAGGAUGUGUUUUAGCACCCACUUUGUUCAGCAUGAUAUUCUCUGCCAUUCUGACUGAUGCCUUUCAACACUGCACUGAAGGAGUAGGCCUGAAGUACAGAACCAAUGGGAAACUAUUCAAUCUGAGGCGACUGCAUGCCAUCACCCACUUCACGUACCUGGGCAGUACCCUUUCCUGAGCAGUGUCAAUCGAUGAUGAAGUAAACUGCCGAAUUGCUAAAGCCAGCUCUGCAUUUGGCCGAUUGCGCUCCAACAUCUGGGAACGUCGAGGGUUCAGCCUACCAAUGAAGCUGAAGGUCUACCGAGCAGUGGUGCUUCCAACUCUGCUGUACGCCUGUGAGACGUGGACUGUUUAUCAGAGUCAUGCACGAAGGCUCAUUCACUUCCAUAUUUCCUGUCUGCGAAAGCUUCUAAAAAUCAGAUGGCAGGACAAAGUGCCCGAUACUGAAGUCCUUACCAGAGCCAGUCUGCUGUCAGUUCACACACUGCUGAUGAGAGUCCAGACCAGAUGGGCCGGACAUGUCGUGAGAAUGUCAGAUGAGCGCACUCCUAAACAACUCUUCUAUGGAGAACUCACCCAGGGAAAGCGCUCCCAUGGAGGACAAAAGAAGUGGUUCCAGGACACGCUGAAGACCUCUCUGAAGUCCUUCAAGAUCAACACCGCCACAUGGGAAACCCUCGCACUGAACCAUCCAGCAUGCGUGGAGCUCUGGGAUCACAUGGUGCGCUGCAGUCUCAAUUCAAAGAGCUCCAGCAAUGAUCGUACGGGAGAUACAGAUCUGAAAUCGCUGUAA